AUGAGAUGUUAUGGGACAUUUGUGAUAAUUGUGAUUUUUUGUUUGUUUGUUGCAAAUUUUUUUUUUGUUGUUUUGUUUUCCCCCAAAAGUUUUGUAAUUUUUGUCCCAUUUGUAUUCAAGGCGGUGUCAUUCUGUUAUUCGAUUCGAGGAAUUAUUCAAUUCGGACCCAACCUAACUAUUCUAUUCAGCAGCAAAUUAUUCAAGUUAGUCCCUAACUUUUUUAAAGGAGGGAGAUGUUAGGUAUGUGUG